AUGGACCCCGACCUGUCCCGACCUCACCUAACCCCUUUCCUCAACGCCAAGGCCUUCGGUUCCCACCCCGGGGAAGCCUCUCUAGAGUCAGAUGGUCACUCCCUCCCAGCCCCAAGCACUAUCGGGACCAACGGCACGUACCAAUCCGUCGCUACAGGCAUCCAGUACGUCUUCCCGGGCUAUACCGGCCCCGACAACCCAGACAACAUUCUCUCACUCGGCCAGACCAUCCCCGUGACAGCGGCAUCCUACUUCUCGGCCUCACUCCUUCUCGUCUCGGAUAAAUCUGAUACCACGACCACCGGAAAUAUUACUCUUACUUACACGGACAACGCUACUACAGUUUCUGAGCUGCGCGUGAAGCCGUACUUUGCGUUUCCCAUUGUGCAAAGGGGGGAAAUCAUUCUGCCGUAUCGGUUCCCGAGCAAUGAUAUAGAUAGGAACGCAACCAAUAUCCACGAGAUCUCCGUCCCGCUGGAUGCGGGAAAGAAGUUAAAGACCAUUACUUUGCCUGAGACGGACAUCAAAACGGGCGGAAUCAAUGUCUUUGCCAUUUCAUUGUGGAAAGGAGCGGGCGGGAUACGAGUGCAGUCUGUGAGACCGACGCAGCAGGUUGAUGAUGAAGGAAACCAGGUCGUCGAAUUGUUGAUAAAUAACUCGGGAGCGGAUUGUGUUUCGGGGGGUGGGUUGAUGGUGUCGGUCUCCGCACCGGGGGUGUCUACAGUCACGGAGGCAAAAAUCAGGAGGUUAUGUCCGGGGGAUCAAAAGAAGGCCAGGGUUUCGGUCAGUGGGACGUACACUGGUGUUGUGAAAAUAACGUUGGAUUAUAUAGGCAGUGCGCUGAGCAGUAGUUUCGAUGGAGUCGAGAUUGGUCUGUCAGACUACACGACCGACCUCAAUAGCCUGGUGCGGCACGAGAGCCCGCAGUGGUUCGACGACGCCAAGUAUGGGAUCUUCAUCCACUGGGGCCCCUACGCCGUGCCGGGAUGGGGAAACUCGACGCCCUAUGAGAAUUACGCCGAGUGGUUUUGGUACUGGUCCACCCGCCCGAACGAAGAUAAUACGGGCUUUACGGAUUACCGCCUGCGCACCUUCGGCCCCAACUGGACCUACGACGACAGCUUCGCUAAAUACACCGCCUCAGCCUGGGACCCCAAAGAAUGGGUCGAUCUCUUCGCCGCUGCGGGGGUGAAGUACUUCGUGUUCACGACGAAACACCACGACGGAUUCGCCAACUUCGACACGCAACCCACCACUGCGCGGAAUUCGUUGAACUAUGGACCUAAGCGCGAUGUGCUAAAAGAACUCAUGGACGCGGCGAAACUGUACCAGCCGGGUUUGAGGAGGGGGACAUAUUUCUCUAUGCCCGAGUGGUUCAAUCCUGAUUAUGAGGAAUAUGGGUUCAAGCAGUGGCCGGGUAUCAUUGCACGGAAUCCGUUUACGGGGCAGGAGGAGCCAUACACGGGGAGAGUAGAGGGUGUGGGGGAUUAUUUGGCGAAUAUACAGUUGCCGCAGAUGGAGACACUAGCUUAUGACUACGAGACGGAGAUCAUGUGGUGCGAUAUUGGCGGGCCCAAUUUAUCGGGGGAGUUUGCGGCAAAGUGGUGGAAUUGGGCGAGGGGGCGUGGGAGGGACGUGACGAUUAAUUCGCGGUGUGGUCUCGCUCAAGUCUCCGACUUCGACACCCCGGAAUACGAAACGUUCUCCUCCGCCCAGCAAUACUACAAAUGGGAGUCGAGCCGGGGCAUGGACCCCUUCUCCUACGGAUAUAACCGUGCGACCCCGCCAGAGCAGUAUAUGAACGCGAGCGUUAUCGUCUCAUCGCUCGUCGACAUCGUGUCGAAGAAUGGAAACUUCCUUUUGGACAUCGGACCCAUGGCUGAUGGCUCCAUAUUGCCUAUUGAGGCGGAUGCUUUGAGGGAGGCAGGGAGCUGGAUCGCAAGACAUGAGGAGGCGAUUUUUAAUACUACUUUCUGGUUUAUAAAGAGUGAGAUUGAGGGAGAUGGAGGGGGAAUGGGCGCCAGGUUUACGCAGACAGAGGGAGCGUUUUAUGUUUUAUUUUUGGAGAGGCCGGUGGUGGGUGAGAAAGGGGUCGUGAGAGUAGAGGCCCCGGUGCCGAUUUUGGAGGGGGACGUGGUUAGCAUGUGGAAUGUCGUGAGGGAAGAGACGAAUGUGGUACUGGAGAUUUCGGUUGAUGAUGGUAUCCUUGCUAAGGAUGAAUAUUGUUGGGUUUUCAAGAUCGCUUAUGCCGAAUGA